CCUUCACAAGGUCGGUACAACAAUCUCGUGACUUCCACCGACUCCUAGUGCACGAAACUUUAUUAUCUGUUUCCUUUCUACUGAGAUUUCAGUAUCUUUUUAGUUUCUUGAAAAGAUGCGUAAUUUUAUAUCACGGACGUCGUCUACGAGGUGUUGUUAAAAAUCACCGGGUAAUUUUUGUUCAUGAGAAAAUCGUUUAUUGAAUGGUUAUGUAAAGACAAUGUGUUUUUGGUGAGGGAAAUGCCUUUGGAUAUGGUUUCGUUCGUAGUUUCCACUGGUUUAGGGGUUAGUGUUGUUGCGGGAAUUAUUUCGGGAGUUUGUUAUAUUUUAGCCUACGGAUCCCCAAAAAAAAGUAAUCGUAGAUCAAAAAGCAACGUCCAUUGCGAUGUAUGCGGCGAAUAUUUCAGAUCAAUCGACCACAUACUUAGCGGCGAUAAUAGCGUGAUUUGUUGGAAAUGCGACAAAAAAGUAUGUCAGAAAAGAUGCGCCAGUCUAGACGUACAACAAAACAGAUGGACGUGUAAAAAUUGUUCAAGGCCACCAGAAUCUUGGUUCCAAGGUGUUCUGUACGCCAUUCAGCCAAACAAAAAAGAAAAGAUUUGCGAAAAAAUGGACGAAAAAGGCGAAAUAGAUGUUCAGAAAAGCAGAGAGGAAGUUCGGGAAUUUAUUGAAAAAUUAGUAAACUCCAUGCUGGGCCAAAACGUCGACGAUGCCAAUGUCACUAGAUUAUACAACGACGAACAUUAUCUUCCUUUAACCGGUCAGCAAUCGCCAUGCACCGCUCACGCCGCUCUCAAGCAACUCAUAGAAAAACUUCUGCAGGAAGUGCUCAGCAUGCCGCACCUUCGAAAUCGGCAACAAGGAGCGGCUGAUUUGAAUAAUAAAACUUACGAAGAUCUUCUCGCCACGGCCAUAUUAAAUAAAGUAAUCUCAAAUUCGCAAAAUGGUCGACCUUCUUCCUCGGCUGCCAGCGUGUCUAGCAGAAUAUCGAAUUCUUCAAACCAGAAAGAGGAAAAAGAAUAUUUUUUCGGUGAAGAAACGUUGAAUAGCAAAUGGAGAAACCCAGAUCUGGAAACUACCUCGAUAUCCAGCUUAGAAGAUUGGCUACAGAGCGAUUCGAGCUUCGGAUCCAGAAAAUAUGUCGAUAAACUAACACUAACCAUAAAACAAGACAUCGAAGAAGUUUCCCAAGCUAGCGAUUCCGAUAACGACGUCGAGGACGAUAGCGAAUAUUUUCGUACGCGAUCUGGCAUUUGGAGUGACGACGAACCCAAUUGGUUCCUACAGAAACGCGCGUUUCGAGGAACCCAUUCUCCGGUACCGGUUCCUAUGUUAGUACCUAAACCCACCACCGACGCCAAGGUAUUAAUAGGAGAUAAAGAAGUAGAAGAAACUUCGGAUCUGUCAGACGUCGAAUCCGAAUACGGCGAUACGAAAAUUGUGCCGACUAGACAAAACCUAUUGGUAAAUUCCAAAAAAAUUAUCGGCGGUAAAAAUUCCCUCGAAAACGCCCCAGCGGACGGGGAGGGAUCGGAAAGUGAGUCAUCCGCUGAUUCGGGUGUGAAAGAAGUCGAUAGGGGACAAUCUGUAUAUGACGAAUCGGAAAAUACAACAAUUUAUACAUCUAGAGCAGAUAUUUCUCUAGACGAUGAUAAUGUUGAAGAUGCAUCUCUAAUAUCUACGUACAGUAACACGGAACAAGUAGCAGAAUACACAGAAAAAUAUGCCUCAUUACCUAGGACAAUCGAAAAGAAACCGGAUCCACCAGCACGUCUUUCUAUACAAAACAAUCUAAACGAAUCAAUUGAUAAUGAAAUGCGGUUAAAUAGACAACAAGAAUCAGAAGAAAAACAAGACGAAGAAAUUCAAAUGGUUCAAAUGCAUUUCUCAGGUAGUUAUAGUAGAAGAGAAAAAGAAAAAUGGAAAAAUGCCAUAGACAUGAAAAACAAUCCUUAUUCGAAGGAAAACAUCGAAAAGAGAAUACAAAGAUCUAACAGUGGUAUAUCCUCUCUAUUUGGAUCUGAUUACUACGCCAAAAUGGCCUCGUCUCCAUCAGGAACGAAAUCUAGAUCACCAGAGGGAAACAUUCUAUCGUGGCCACCUUCGAAACAAGAAAAAGAAGAUUUCAUAGAUAAAUCACCUGAAAAACACAUAUCCAAAACGUAUAUAUCACAAACGGAAGAAACCGGAAACAUUUUUAAAGCCAUACCGAUUAUCGUAGAACCCGAAAUCAAUCGAACACCUCCGAUUUCUCCACCGGAAACAACAGAAAUGACAAGUUUAACCAGCGACAGCGAUUUGAGCUACGUUAAUAUAUACAACGUAGAAAAUUCGGAAAUAUCGAAAGUGAAUGGACUUGGCGAAGAAAAAGUCGAAAAAUCGAGUGGGAAAUUUGUUAAAGCCACAAAUAACAAUAACAAACGUUUUGGUAAUCAGACUAAUUUGAAAAGGCAUAAAAGCGAAACAGAUCUACUCGAUGAUAAUUUUUAUAUUCCACCCAAAGUUUUGGCUAAAAAGAAGGAUAAUACAUUGAUAUCGAAGAUUUAUUUGGACCCUCAAGUUAGAAGCUUCGCUUUAUCUAACAGACAACAUCUACCAGUUAAUAAUUUAGUUCCUACAUUUAGAACACAACUUAGUAAUCCAGAAUACAUUAUAGAUUACAAGGCUUAUCAUUCUGAUGACGGUAUAAGUACGAAUAGAAACAAAAAAUACACGGUGUAUAGUUCCGAAGAAGAUCUACUCAGUUCGAGUUCAAUCGAAAUGAAGAACGGCACCAUGAUUCAUACGGCGAAAAUGUCGUUGAGUUCCGAAGACGAUCGUUACUCGGAGAGGAGCUCGAUUUAUAGUCCGGAUCAAAGAAAACAGAUAUACAGUUCGAGUGACGAUCUCUUAUCGAUCGACGAAAUGGAUUCCCACAAAAAAAGGGAUAACACCAUAAUAUCGAAAAUUUACCAGCAACCUGCCGUUAGGAAAUACGCCCUGGAAAAAAGGAAACACGCUCAACAACAGUCGAAUUUACAAGAAAAAAUCGUCGAUGUAGAAGAUAAUGUGUUUACGGACGUUUCUAGAAUGCCGAAGACUACGUCGACCAAAGAUGUUGAUGAAAUGGAAAUUAAAUUGAAUGAAAUUAACAUCAAAGAGAACGGAAAUGAUUGCAACCAAAACGGUUGGGAUGAUAAAGAAAAAUCUCCGCUAAAAAAUGAAGAAGAGAACGAUCCGGGUGUCGAAGAAGUAGCGAAAAGAAAAAUCGUGCACAACAUUCUUGGUAAAAUAUCAGCUUCACAAACUAAUUUAGGAAAAUCGGAAAAUAAAGAGGAAAUACAUACCGAAGAGGAUAUUACAAUUUCCGUUAAAGAUUUGAGAAAAAAAUUCGAAAAACUCGAUGGAAAGAAUAAAAUAGUUUCGAGUUUGACUGCUAGAAGUUUGUCAAAACAAAUGAGAGAAAAUUUGAAAAAUUGAUUGAAAAAUUAGAUCUAUUCGUCUGUGCCACUGAACUAAAGGUCCAAAUACCAAAUAAAAAAGACUUGAGAGAUAUUAUAUAAUUUUAUUUGUCAUAAAUAUUUAUAUAAAUUGUUUUGUAUUGAAUAUUUUAUUGUUAAUUUUGUUUUUUUUGUUGUACUUAUUAAUUAUUCGUGUUACCGUUAGGAGAAGUGUAUGCCUUCUACAUUGAACGCAUGUAACAACCUGUGAAAUUAUAUUAAAAAAUGUUAAUUAUUAAUAAAAGAUUAUUUAUU